AUGGCCAGUCUUUCGCGUACUGCCUUUUCGGCACGUCUUCUCACUAUCACGAGGCAGAAUGCCCCCCUGUGCCGCCACAUUCACUCAUCGCCCUUGAGGGCCGCCGUUGCGCACCCCGUCACGGCUCAUGGUCCGCCACCCAAGGCUCCUGCGCCUGCGCCCGAGUUUACAGAGAAUACAGAGACACAAACGCCUACGGAGGGUCGGGAUUUGUCACAAUUCAAGAAGCCCUCCGUGUUGAAGAAGCGCUUUUGGAAGGAUGUUCAUGUUCACGGGAAGCCCGGUGAAUACCAGGUCUUGCUGGACAAGCGCCCCGUCAGAACACCCACCAAGGAUAUCCUCUCCAUUCCCCCAACAAAGCCUCAACUAGCUCAUGCCGUCGCCCUCGAGUGGGAUGUCAUGACAUCCGCCCAGCAGGCGCUCAAGAGCCACCUCAUCCCCCUGACCUCCCUCGCUGCCCGCGCCUCGGAUAUCGUCCGCGAAGAUGCCCAGGGUGAACGCACCACCCGCGACCAAAUCAUCAACACCGCCAUGCGGUACCUGGACACCGACACGCUGUUGUGCUGGGAGCCCGAGCGUACGAACCGCGCAUUGGACCGUGUCGGCGAGGAAGAGAAGACUGAGAGUCUACGCGAUAUUCAGAUGCGGGUUUCUGGGGAUAUUAUGAGCUUCCUGUCUACAAAGGUCUGGCCUGGUCUGGAGAUUGUGCCCAUCCUCGACGCAGAGAGCAUCCUCCCCGUGUCCCAGCCGCAAGCGACCAAGGAUAGCAUCCGUACUUGGGUGUCUGAGCUGGAUGCUCAUGAUCUGGCGGGCUUGGAGCGAGGUAUCCUUGCCUCCAAGAGCUUGCUGGUCGCUGUGCGGCUGAUGGUCGAGUGGAGUGAAAACUUCCGACACGUUCAGAAGCACUCGUCCAAGAAGUUUGGUCUUGAGGAGGCGACUGAGGCGGCCAACUUGGAGGUCAAGUGGCAGACGGAUAUGUGGGGUGAGGUUGAGGAUACUCACGAUGUGAACAAGGAGGAUUUGCGGCGGCAGUUGGGGAGUGUGGUUGUGUUGGUGAGUGGCGAGACGAGAUAG